AGAACUUCAUGGUUUUCAUUUGUAACUUUUAGGUUUGUUGAACAAACCUACCAUAAAGCACAUGGACAGGGCAUUGAACGAAGAAAGAGUAAGAUAUAAAAUUAGAACAUCAUUUGACUUUAUAAAACUGUGUGACUCGAGUCAUUUUUUUUUACAGUGUAGGUCACAAACGUGACUGUUGAUCUGAUGUGUGACUGGCCCCGCCCCUCUUCACCUUAUCGCCUCAUUAACAUAAUGAUGCAGCUGCUCAGCGGGAGGUCCCCCGGGUUAAAACAAACGUCCCUGCUCCUUUUUUCUUUUUUUUUCCGGAGGCAACAGAUCAAGUGAGGAACUUAAAAAAACCCCAUAAAACUCCAAAGUCCAGCAUGAGGCCGAGCCUCGCCGCGUCGCUGCUGCUCGCGGUGACGCUCCUCGGCGCGUGCGAUCCGUCGCACGUGGACGAGAUGCGGAGCCAGGAGCGCUUGUUCCUCGGCUCCCUGGGGCUCUCGGCGCCGGGGCCCCGGGCCCCGGGGGGCCGCCCCGGCCGGCGCCACGUCCCCUCCGCGCUCUGGAGGAUGUUCCGCAGCUCGGAGGACGCCCGGACCCGGGAGAGCGACCCCUGCACGGUGUCCGAGUAUGGAGUCCGGGGCAACAUCAUCCGCUACGUGCAAGACCAAGGCCGACUGGUGUCCGGCUGGAGCAGCAGCUGUCAGGCCUGCGUGGAGAAGCAGCUCUUCUUCAACAUGUCCGUGCUGCAGCCUGUGGAGCUGCUGUCUCUGGCCCAGCUGGAGGUCAAGUUCCACUGGAGGCCCCUCCGGUCUGCGGAGCUCCUGCAGGCUCCCGGGCACCUCGGCGUGUCUCUGUACAAGGUGAUCCGCGCCACGCUGCGGGGGGCCAACCCCCAGGCCAACCGCCGGCUCCUGCUGUCGCAGUCGCUGCGGCUGCAGCCCGAGCCCUCCUCCGUCACCAUGGACCUCACGCCGCUGGCGGAGAACUGGCGCAAGCCGGGGCGCAACUACGGCCUGGUGGUGGAGCUGCUCCCUCUCGGCGCCGAGCCGGAGCAGCUGCUUCCCUUCCACCCCGGCCACUCCCUCCCGCCGGAGCCGGCGUUCGCCCUGCCGCCCAUCCAGGCCUCGCUGGUGGCCGUGUCGCUCAACCCGCACCAGUGUCGCUCCAGGCAGCGGCGGAGCGCCGUGCGCCUCCCCGUGACGCCCAGCAACGUGUGCAAGGCCCGGCGCCUCUACAUCGACUUCAAGGACGUGGGCUGGCAGGACUGGAUCAUCGCGCCGCAGGGCUACAUGGCCAACUACUGCCACGGCGAGUGUCCGUUCCCGCUCAGCGAGAGCCUGAACGGCACCAACCACGCCAUCCUGCAGACGCUGGUGCACUCGCUGGACCCGCGCGGCACGCCGCAGCCCUGCUGCGUGCCCAUCCGCCUGGCGCCCAUCUCCAUGCUCUACUACGACAACAACGACAACGUGGUGCUGCGACACUACCAGGACAUGGUGGUGGACGAGUGCGGCUGCCGCUGAGCUCGACGUGGACGUUUUUAAAAUGUGUUCUUUUUUCGCUUGCGAAUCAAAAGUCGCCGUGUCCGUGCAGUUUGAUUCAUUUGCCGGAUCACGUUGUCAGUGUAGAAUGUGACGUCUUUGUAGUCUGUGUGUGUUUUUUUUUUUUAAAAAGAUUGAGAUUUAUUACGUAUGCUCUCAGGGAAGUUGUGAGCGACAUCUCUUAAAAAUACGAUGUUAAUAAAAUGAUUAAACAUUA